AUGCACGCGACUAGGAACCAAAAUCUGCAACUCCUUGGUCCCACUCCAACGCCAGCCAUGAAACCAAGACUCAAGAUAUUCGUGCUGGAACCCAUCCCGACCCUCGAGAUAGGCGGUAGCGUCUACCGAAGCGACCCCCUACGACCCACACACCACAUUGCAAAGAGGUUCUUGUACCUGGUGAGUGAUCCAGAUGAGACGAUCGAAGAGCUGGCCGACAAGCUGAAAGCCACCUUCAUGGAGCUGUACCCUCAUCACGCGAAACCGUGCAUUGACUCGAUCCAGGAUGAAGCUGCAUUGGAUCUGGACAGGCGGUUUUUGCUCCGGGAAGUGUUCGAGGACAACAGCCUGGUUCGUAUGGUCCUGACACAGCCCACGGAUAAAGACGAGCUGGGUAACUACCAUGCGGCCAAAGCACUGGCUGCCCGUGAAGCUGCUCGCAAGGCCAAGGCUCGGGCCGAGGGACGGCUUGUGGAUGAGGACGAGAGUUCUGAUGACGACUUGGAUGAUGACUAUGAAGAGGAUAUCAUUGAGAUCAGACCUAGAAGGAUUACUCCGACCAGAAACUGA